ACGCCUUUGCGCAAUACACUUAACAAGACGCAAUUGCAGGACAAACAAUGUCUCACAAUACAUUUUGAGGUUAUAUGAGUUGCAGUAACAGUAUGUGUACUUGCAACAGACAAUCAAGAGGGGGAUUCGAAUUCUCAUUCACCUGGAGGAGUGUGGCGAACCACUACCGCUGAGAAAAGGAACCGUGACACUGUCUACACAAGAGUCCAAGCCCAGAAUCAACACGUGGACACCAGAGCUGGGCAGUGUGCAGCAAUGGGGACAGAACUGAGGGUUGUCAUCAUUGGGGCGCGCUGGUCUGGCAAGAGCUCGACAGGAAACACCAUCAUGGGGGGUCCAAGGUUCGAGUGUGGCAGAGCCAGGACUCUGCAGUGUGAGGUCAGGAGUGGCAUUGUAUCUGGACGCCACCUCACUGUGGUGGACGUGCCUGGCUGGAGUUAUUUCUCCAUCAUGGAGACCUCGGAGGCCUGCAAGCAGAACUUUAAACUCAGUCUCACUAAGUGUCUUCCUGGGCCUCAUGUCUUUCUACUGGUCAUUCCUCUGGACAUGGCCUUCAACAAAGAGCAAGGACAGUAUGUGCAAGAGUACCUGAGUCUCCUAGGAGAUCGUGCGUGGAGACAUGUAGUGGUGGUCUUCACCUGUUGGGACUAUCUAGAUAAGAAGACCACGAUUGAUGAUCAUAUUGAGAGCGAAGGGGAGGCUCUCAAGAAGGUUCUAGAGAAAUGCGGAAACAGGUUCCAGGUGUUUGACAACAAGAACAGCACCAACCCAGGUCAACUGCCAGAGCUACUCAGCAAGAUUGAGGAACUUGUGAAGAUGAAUGCUGGUGGGUUCUACAGGGCAGAUGAGAAGAUCCUACAGGCCAUUACUGAGAAGAGGAAACUGGCAGCAGAGAGGGCAUCACAAAGGAAGAUGGCGAGCGACAAAAUAAGGGAGAAGCAAAAACAGAUUCUAAGAGGAUUCGACCAAGAGCAACCAAUCACAGAACUUAGGGUAGUUCUUUUAGGAAGGCGGAACGUGGGAAAGAGCUCCACUCUGAACACAAUCCUUGGAGAGAAAGUCCAUGAGUCUGGGAAGAGGACAACCAGUUCAAUGGUGCAUGAGGGCUAUAUGGACCAAACCCCGAUAAAGGUUGUGGACACUCCUGGCUGGUGGAGGAGCUUCAAUGUCAAGGACACCAUAGAGCACCUUAAACAGGAAGUGAUGCGGAGUGUCUUCCUUUGCCAUCCAGGGCCCCAUGUGUUCCUGUUGGUCAUUGACGCAGAUGCGUCCUUUACUGAAAAGCAACUUGAAGCAUUGGAGAGCCAUCUUCAGUUACUAGGAGAUCUCUGGAGACAUGUGAUUGUGGUGUUUUCCAGGGGUGACUGUUUGAGGGAGGAAACCAUUGAGGAGCACAUCGAAGUGGAAGGAGCAGCGCUCACAGCCCUGGUCAACAAGUGUGGGAACCGCUACCACGUUCUACGUAACAGAAGCAUGGACGAUGGUACCCAAGUCACAGAACUGCUUGAGAAGAUGAAGGAGCUUGUUGCUGUGAACUGUCGGGAGUUUUUUAGAUGCGAUGAGAAUGUGUUUAAGGUCAUCGAGGAGAAACAGAGUCUUGUGAGGAAGAGCAGCAGGAAGAAAACUGAAGAAAUCCAGACACAGAGAGAAAAAGUGACCUGGACACCUCUGAGCGAGAUCUGUGUGGUUUUGCUGGGACAGAAGACGGUGGGAAAGACCGCCUCUGGAAACACAAUCCUUGGUCACGGUCGCCUGCCCACCUGUUUCAACACCAACACCAAUAGCGCCACAGCAGACGUUGCUGGCAAGAAGAUUGUUGUGGUGGACACCCUUGGCUGGAGUAAAAAUAGAGAUAGUUGCACUAUAGAGCAAGAUAAAGAAAUUGUCCGAGGCCUCACAUUCUGCUCCCCUGGACCUCAUGCUUUUUUGCUCAUCCUGCCCGUAGACAUGGCUUUCACAGCUCAACAGCAGAGGGCGCUAGAUGACCAUAUGAUCUUGUUUGGUGAGGACAUUUGGAAAUACACUUUGGUGGUAUUUACUUAUGGUGACCAGCUGGGGGACCAGACAAUUGAGGAGCACAUUGUGAUGGAGGGCUGUGCUCUGCAGAGGCUGGUGGAGAGAUGUGGCAACAGGUAUCACGUCCUCAACAACAAGAACAAGAGUGAAAGCAACCAGGUCCUCGAGCUGCUGAAGAAGAUCGAGGAGAUGGUGGCCAUUAACGAAGGCAAGCAGUACAUCCCGAACAUGACAGAGAUCAACCAGAGGGUAGAGGAGAAGUUUGAGAAGCGGGAAAUAAGUGUGUGUCUAGAGGAGAAAUGGAAGACACGAGAAGCAGAGAUGAUUGCAGAGUUCAGAGAUUACCUGUCUGAACUACUAACAGAUCUGAGAGGACCACAAGGAUCUGGACCUCACACAUCUGACAUGAGCCUCCAACCUAAAACUGCAAAACAAGAUGGUUGGAAGCCCAGGAGUCUAGUCUCACAGAGCAAGAGGACUGAGAAGGUGGAGAAGAAGAUCUGUGUGAAAAUAAACAGCAUGGAGACAGACCUGAAGAAAGCUAAUGGCCCAGAUUCCAAGAUGAGGACCAGUAUUGAUUAUAUAUGGCCAAGCCUGAGUGGAAGUAACAGGACAUUAUCAGAACCCAGCCCGAGACCCAGACCCAAGGGCAAGUUCAGGGAGGUGCUGGCCUGGCUGUCCACAAUGAAGAUUGAAAGGGAAGAUCUCCCUACACUGAACUACUCACAAGCCAGUUCAGGCUACCAGUCCAACCUCUCAGAUGUAUUCUCAAUCAGUGAAGAAACAUGACACAGAAAAGCUGAGAGAGAAACUGCAAAAUACAAUUUACAGUUAUUAAUUCAGUUGCCACUUUUGUCCAAAGAUUGACAAUACAAUACAUUUCCUGACUGUUCUGAAUGUAGGUUGAGUUUUUUACAUAAUGUAAAAACAGAUGAUGUUACAGAAACCCUGGGGUUGUACAUUCUAACUUUAUUUGUUUAUAAUGAACUCUAUAUUAAAUAAAGACACUUCAAGCACGUGCUUGGUUUUUAAAUAUA